CAGUCAAAAACCAGAUAGGAACGAUACGUUGAAAUUGUAAUCGAUCGGCAUUCGGGCACAUUCGGUUUUGCGUUAUUCCGACCAGAUCACCGCAUCGGCUAGCUAUUGUAUUAUUAUUAAUUUGUGGAGAUAUUACUUUUUUUUGAAGCUACAACGCUCCAGUUGUGCUUCACAAAAGUAAUCUCUGGGCUGAGCGAGCCCUUUUUUUUAUUCAAUUUUUGUGAGUAUUUUGCGGACCUUUGUGCCCACGCAAUCCAUUCACAAUGGUGAAAAUGGAGCAUGAGGACAAUAAAAACGAACCGGAGCAUGUGCGCAAAUUAUUCAUUGGAGGAUUAGACUACAGAACAACCGACGACUCGUUGAAAAAACAUUUCGAGCAAUGGGGUGAAAUUGUAGAUGUCGUAGUGAUGAAAGAUCCCAAAACCAAGAGAUCCCGUGGUUUUGGUUUUAUCACGUAUUCCCGUGGUCAUAUGGUUGACGAUGCUCAAAAUGCGAGACCUCAUCGCGUGGACGGCCGCAUCGUUGAGCCGAAGCGAGCAGUACCGAGGCAAGAAAUCGGACGACCCGAAGCAGGAGCGACUGUGAAGAAAUUAUUCGUUGGUGGUCUCAAGGACGAUCACGAAGAAGAAGAUUUGAGACAAUAUUUCCAAGGAUAUGGUAGCAUCAAUUCCAUAAGCAUUGUGACAGACAAGGAAACUGGUAAAAAAAGAGGUUUCGGCUUCGUUGAGUUCGACGAUUAUGAUCCGGUUGACAAGAUAUGUCUUCAACGUAAUCAUCAAAUACGCGGGAAGCACGUUGAUGUGAAAAAGGCACUUAGUCGAGCGGAAAUGGCCUCGGCCAGUGGCGGUGGUGGCGGCGGCGGCGGCGGUGGCGGCGGUGGAAGUAAUGCCGGAGGAGGUGGUGGUCGUGGAGGACAAGGCAUCGGAGGUCGAGGUCCUCGUGGUGGAAACCAGGGUGGCGGUAGCGGAGGCGGCGGAAAUUGGGGAGGAAGAAAUGUCGGCGGAGGUGGUGGCGGUGGCGAUUGGAACAACGGGGGUGGCGGCGGCGGUGUUGGCGGCGGCGGCGGUGGCGGCGGUGGUAAUCAAGGUGGUUAUGGCGGAGGAAAUCAAGGAGGCGGUUGGGGCGGCAAUGGCCCAUGGGAAAACCAAAACCAAGGUGGCGGUUGGGGUGGUCAAGGACAAGGCCAAGGCCAGGGCGGUUACAAUAGUGGGGGUAAUUGGAGCAACGAUAACUUCGGAGGUGGUUAUCAGCAAGGAUAUGGCGGAGGCCCCGUACGAAACAACUUCAACUCAGGCGGACGGCCAGCACCCUACGGUAGUAAUAUGGGUCCUAGUGGCCGUCAGUCCGGAGACUCGAGAUGGCUACCGCCCUUCGGUGGACAAGGUCCAAUGGGUGGCGGAAAUUCUGGAGGCGGCGGUGGUGGUGGCGGCGGUGGCGGUGGCGGUGGUAGUGGUGGCUAUGGCGGUGGAAAUCAAGGUGGAUACGGAGGUAACAAUAUGGGCGGUGGUAACAUGGGUGGCGGCGGAGGAGGCGGUGGUGGAAUCGGCAGACGAUACUAGAGCCAACGUUAAUCUAUCGAACCAGCGACAGUUUCUCGUUAACGGUCAACCCCCCCUACUACUUGUCUUCUAGUCGUCGGUACAUGUUGUACCGUUUAGUUUGGAGCAGGCAGGGCUAAAAGGCUAGAGAGGCAGGACAAGGCAGGACAAUCGUACAGGAUACAGGAGAAAGAACAGAGAAGCGCUUCACACCCCCUCUCGUGUUUAGCUUGCAGUAAGGGAGGCUUGAGUGUCUGUUAAAUACCUUUGACGUCGUUCAACCACUAUGCCGCAUCCGUACAACAUGCUUCUACGCCCAUCGAGAAACAGAAAAGAGAGAAAGAGAGAAACAGACAGAGAGUGUGUGAGAAAUACGAAAAGAGACAAUCUUCUACGUCAUAUUAUCAACACAGACAUACAAUGUUAUAUAUAUAUAUAUAUGUAUAUCCAUUGACAUACAUGUAUGUGUAUAUAUAUAUAUACGUAUAUGUAUGAAUAUGAUUAUCCAUUAGGCCAUCUUCGCGUCCCAUGCUAAACACAAACAUCAUCUUAAUGUCUCGGAAUAAUAGUUCAUACAUGAAUCAAUUUUCGUCCAUCAUCAUUGUUGUACGUGUAUUAAUAAUAUAGGCUGUACGUUGCGGCAUAUUUUCAAGAUACUCCGCACUAUACACGAGUUUCCGAUUGGUAGUAAUUAGGCCAAAAGUUUUGUUCGCCUCUUUGUUUUAUUCCGUUUACAUGAUGAAAAUGAUAACAGACCAUACGAGACGGGAUUUUUGGCGAGACAAUGAGGUUCGCAGGCGGUGGGAGGCCUAGGGGACAGUCGCUCGACGAAUCAUCUUACAUUAUUGAUGAACAAGUAUGACUAAAGAUAAAGGAACGAACAGUAAUCAAAGUCCAAUAAAAAGUGACAAACGGUCGGGCAGAUGAACGUUGACAGCAGCAUUUCGUAGGUUACAUAGGUUAACCAAAUUAAUUUAUAAGCUGUAAUGUUUUAAGAUAUUAGCUAAUAAAAAAAUGACCAGCAGAACCUUUUCCACGUCACUUUUUCAUCGUGUUAUAAAUAUAAAAACUGAGCAUGAAAGAGCUUAGGUAUAAGGUCGAUAUCAACAUUCACAGACAUACUUAUGUUUUUAUAUUACGACACCGUUAAACGUUGACGCGAUAAAUUUGUAUAGGUCAAAACACUAUAAACGUAUUGGAUUUUAUUUUCCCCUUAACUUUCCAAUCAAUUUCAAACAAAUAAUUUUCUCUCAAAUCAUCAAUUAUAUAUUAUUAUUAUUAUUAUUAUUAUUAUUAUUAGUACGAUUAACUAUUGUUAAUUUAACUAUCGUAUAGGUAUAGUAGUGAUGUAGUAAAGAAACAAAACAAAAUCAGAAAACGAUUAACAACAAACUGUACCACCUGUGAAAACAAAAAAAGUUCUGUGUCGUCGGUUAUAGAGGGCCGGGCAAUCCUCCGGGAGCAGCCUGUUCUUUUAUUAUUCAUACACGUGUAAGCGCAGUAUUAAACGAUUUGUACAUAA